AGGACGUGAGAUAUCCAAACCGACGGUCUCCCAACGCAAAAUCCCCUAAGUUGUAGGGUUCGUCAACGUUUUUCUUCUCCUUAGAAGAUCAUUCCAUUUUUUUCGACUAUCUAUAGCCGUCUCUUCAUUCUCUAGAUUUUUUAGUUGCUUUUCUUAGCAGCUCUCUACCGACAAGAUGGCCGACGAAGAAGUGCAAGCUCUCGUGGUGGACAACGGAUCCGGUAUGUGCAAUGCCGGAUUUGCAGGUGAUGACGCUCCUCGCGCCGUUUUCCCGUCCAUCGUCGGACGCCCGAAGAUGCCGGGCAUCAUGGUUGGCAUGGAUCAGAAAGACUCGUAUGUUGGUGACGAAGCACAAUCCAAGCGAGGUGUGCUCACCCUGAAGUACCCGAUCGAGCACGGCAUCGUGACCAACUGGGACGACAUGGAGAAGAUCUGGCACCACACCUUCUACAACGAGCUCCGCGUCGCUCCGGAAGAGCAUCCGGUGUUGCUGACCGAGGCACCCCUGAACCCGAAGGCGAACCGUGAGCGCAUGACUCAGAUCAUGUUCGAGACCUUCAACUGCCCGGCAAUGUACGUUGCGAUUCAAGCAGUCAUGUCCCUGUACGCUUCUGGUCGUACAACAGGAAUCGUCAUGGACUCCGGUGAUGGUGUCUCUCACACCGUGCCCAUCUACGAGGGAUACGCUCUCCCGCACGCCAUCUUGCGUUUGGAUUUAGCUGGUCGCGACUUGACGGAGUACAUGAUGAAGAUCUUGACCGAGCGUGGUUACUCCUUUACCACCACCGCCGAGCGUGAGAUCGUGAAGGACUUGAAGGAGAAGCUCACCUAUGUUGCGUUGGACUUCGAUGCUGAGAUGAAGCAGGCGGCACAGUCUUCGGAGAACGAGAAGACAUUUGAGCUCCCUGAUGGAAACGUCAUCACCGUUGGAAACGAGCGCUUUCGCUGCCCGGAGGUGUUGUUCCAGCCGUCCUUCAUCGGAAAGGAGUCGUCGGGUAUUCACGACACGACCUUUCAGUCGAUCAUGAAGUGCGACGUCGAUAUCCGUAAGGAUCUUUACGCGAACAUUGUGCUCUCCGGUGGUACCACCAUGUAUCCGGGCAUCGGCGAGCGUAUGACGAAGGAAAUUACCGCUCUCGCCCCUUCCACCAUGAAGAUCAAGGUUGUAGCUCCCCCAGAGCGUAAGUACUCCGUGUGGAUCGGUGGCAGGUAUUUAUUUUAGAUCCCAGAGUUGUUAAUUUUUCUAUGAUACAUCUUUUUUUCUGCUACGAAUGAGCAUGUUCUGUCAACAUGAUUAGCGUGAGCGGAGAAUAAGGGUAUCUACAAGAAGUGUCACGAAAUUUUUACAUCUUAUAUAUUUAUAAAAUAUAUUUGUUGUGGUUGGUCGCAUUUAUUUCUCUUUCCAUACCCAAUUCUUGAACACAACUUCAGUAUCCUGUCCUCGUUGUCGACGUUCCAGCAGAUGUGGAUCUCGAAGAACGAGUAUGACGAGUCUGGCCCGACCAUCGUGCACCGCAAGUGCUUCUAAGUCUUUUCGAAACCAGGGGGAAAGUCGUUGAAGUAAAAAACGUUCGAAGAAGAUCAUGUUGUUACUUUCUCGGCACAAGGCGCGGAACAAUUACGUUGAUCAAUUUCGCAACUACAUCAAUGGAGACGUAUGAGACAUGAAAAGGGUUUGUUACUGGGGGGAUCAAUAGAAAGCCAAAGUAUAAAUCUCGUUUGGAACAAAUAGAAUCGAGAAAGAAUCACAGGCACAACAAGGAGGCUACACCAUCUCCGUCGGGCAUGCUUUUGCAGACUCAAACUAUCAUUAGGCUUGUUAGAGCAAUUGCAUAGAAGGAGGCCCUUUUUUGGUAUUAGCAUCAUGAGAAACUUCACGCUGCUCAUAGGUUGAGGAAACGACAGACAGCACUUGCGGAAUUAUUGGCGAGUGUUGUUUUGUAUUUGCGUUUCUUUGCGCCACAAGGAAAUGAAUAUGAGUCAGUCGCCACUUGGAGGAAAGAAGGAGAGCGACGGUGCAGCAUUCGCUUCGGCUCUACCAUUCCAAAGAU